CAGAACAGUUUCUUCGCUCGUCUGUUUGCUGAUCAGUAGUCUCGGAUGCUAGCACAGAUAGCCUAGCAAACGUUAUUAAUUAGUGUAACUGUUAUCAAGACAACAACACCCAUGGUCAGGAUGACCCAGAAGCACUGCCUGGAGGGCCAGGUGUACUCCGUGCCUCUCAUCCAGUCAGACCUGAGGAGGGAGGAGGCCGUCCAUCAGAUAGCAGAUGCGUUACUCUACUUGGAGACCAUCUCUACAGAUAUUUUCAGAAGGGUGUCUGACAGUGUAGAGAAGAACCGCCGCCAGCUGCAGAGCGUGACUGACCGGAUCAGACUAGCUCAGGCCCGUGUCGACAAGAUCAAAGGCAGUAAGAAGGCCACCAAGGUUUUCUCCAGUGCUAAGUACCCAGCCCCAGAUCGACUUCAGGAUUACAUAUCUAUCUUUACUGAGGCUACAGACCCCUCCUCACAAAAUCGCCCCCGACACAGGAUACAGAAUAAACUUCGACCCUUUGAUGAGAAGGCCUUGCAGGAGAAGUUGAUGUAUUUUCCAGUCUGUGUGAGCAAGAAGAAGAGGUCUGAGGAUGAGAAAGAGGAGGGGCUUGGCAGUCUGCCACGCAACAUCUCAUCUGUCAGCUCCCUCUUGCUCUUUAAUACUACAGAGAACCUAUAUAAGAAGUAUGUGUUCCUUGAUCCUCUGGCGGGAGCAGUGACAAAAACUCACACAACACUAGAGACAGAAAAAGAAGAGAAGCCGUUUGAUGCUCCGUUGUCCAUCACGAAGAGGGAACAACUGGAUAGACAGACGGCAGAGUCUUAUUUCUAUGUGCCAGACCUCGGUCAGGUGCCCGAAAUAGAUGUGCCGUCCUACCUGCCUGACCUGCCGGGCAUCGCAGACGACCUCUCCUACAGCGCAGACCUCGGACCCGGCUUUGCCCCAUCAGGACCCACACAAAACAUCCCUGAUCUGCCCCCUAUUGCUGAUGAGAGCGAUGCACAUGGAUUUCAUCUCCAACCUAAUGUUCCACCUCCUCCACCACCUCCCCCUCCUCCCCCUGAGCUUGCCCUCGCUCCUGCCAUUCCUGCAGGAGCUCCCCCUCCACCGCCUCCUCCCCCUCCUCCUCCUCUUGACGGCCCCACAGAAGUCUCUCGAGCGCCAAGCUCAGGCCCUGUGUCUCGUGCUCCCAGCGCGGUGGUUGAGCCGUCAGACGGACGUGCCAAUCUCCUGGAGUCCAUCCGCAACGCCGGAGGUAUCGGCAAAGCCCAGUUACGCAACGUUAAAGAGCGCAAGAUGGAGAAGAAGAAACAGAAGGAGCAAGAGCAAGUGGGAGCAGCAGCUAGUGGUGGCGACUUUAUGUCUGAUCUCUUCAACAAACUCUCCAUGCGAAGGAAAGGCAUAUCUGGUAAGGGACCAGCUGGUGGGGAGUCUGGUGAAACUCACGCUGGUACCGGCGGUGCAUUUGCCAGGAUGUCGGAUGUCAUCCCACCACUUCCUGCUCCACAUGCGACAACAGACGAUGAUGACUGGGAAGCAUAACACGAUGGACGAUGAACACUUUUAGGGCCAGUGUGUAGAAUUUUGGCGGUUCUUAGCGUUGAGGUUGGAGAUCUGUCCUCUGGUGUGCCAAGCGUUUUCGAGGCCUACGGUGGCCAAGCACUAAAAAUGUGAACGGCCUCAUCUAGAGCCAGUGUUUGGUUUGUCCAUUCUGGGCAACUGCAGAAAGUACAUGAGUCCAAAAGAGUGUAGUGAAGAGGAUGUAGAUAUAAAUGGCUCAUUCUAAGGUAACGAAAACACAGUUCUUAUUUUCAGGUGGUUACACAACAAUGAAAACAUAAUCGAAAACAUAAUGUUACACACUGGUCCUUCAAAGCACUGAUAAUGAAGGCAUUCAAUAGUUUUGCAUAAUGUGUACAAAGGACAUUUUCCUUCUAUAACUUUACAAUA